AUGUCUGGCCCAAGCACCACAUCAUCAACACCUCCCUUGACAAGUCCUUUGUACGCAAGCGAGAGUGGCGAACCUCGAACAGUCGAGGACAACGAAAGGCUGAGCGCUGGACGCCAGGCCGGCGUUGAGAUCGGAGACGAGGGGUAUCACCGAAUAGAGCAAUCACCAGGCGCUUCGCAUCACCGCGGAAACGCACAGAGUACGGACGAAUACCCGGAACUUUCCAGACAAAUGAGCUCCCCGCACGUCACAUCAUCAAGGUCAGGCCUCACGCCGAUUGACCUCACGAGGCCGAUGCCUUCACACCCAGCAAGACACCGAAAGCGGCGGUUGACAAGCCUUGGGGAGCAUCCUCGUCUUCAACGCACUCGCUCCGGAGAAGCGCCUACCCGCGAAUCUCAUCCCCGAGCGGCAUUUCCUCAUCGAUCGGUGUCCAUGAUUGUCCCAUCGUCGAGAGCUGGCUCUUCCACGGCACCGGGGUUGUCAUACGCCACGGCCAUCGACAUAACGUCGUCUCCGCCUGGCCAUGACGAAGAGAAUUCACUACGCCGUGAUGACCAGGGUAGUCAUCAUCAUCAGCCAGCUGAGGGGACUCAAUAUGCUCUGCGGCAAACAGAUACCCUUCGUGAAGCUGGUUAUUUCGCAGGCUCAUCGGCAUCUUCAAGACGGGCCUCAGCACUGUCUAUCACGGCAAACCGCGAUAGGUCUGAUAGGCUUAGACAGAGUCAAGGGUCGUUCACAGAGCAAUGGCCGGAAACCUCUGCUAGGCAAGUCGGCCCUGUGAAUUCAUUAUCACCCUCACGAAUGGCUUCACAACAUGGGGAAGGGAGCACCGGCCAUCAAUAUUAUGGAAAUGUUGAAGCGGAGGCAGAGUUACCAAGGUGGCAGCCCGAUUCAGAAGUGACAGAAUGCCCAAUCUGCGGGACAGUGUUCAAACUUUGGUAUCGUAAACAUCAUUGUCGAAAGUGCGGCCGCGUGGUUUGUGCUUCGUGUUCGCCUCACCGAAUUACCAUCCCAAAGCAGUACAUUGUCCGUCCGCCUGGCUCCUCACAUCCUACAUCCCCACCAAUUCCUCUACCUCGUCAAGUCAUUGAUCUUACUGUAGAAGACCUCGUUUCUUCAUCAUUUAUCAAUCCUGCUCUGGGAGGUGGCGAAGAAGUUCGUCUUUGCAACCCCUGUGUCCCCGACCCAAAUCCCCAUCCUCUAAACUAUACGAGUGUACGGCCUCAUGGCCAUCGCCCUACCCAGUCACUAUCUUCCACCAUGCUUCCACCCACCUCCGCGCGUCGACCGUCUGCGAUCCGUCUGGACGAUACUCGUCAGGAGCGACGGCCGAUGGAAUCAUACCGUCGCCUCUCACUCCGUCAGGAAUCUGGUCAGGAAGGCCGCCACCCCUACAUUUAUGACCCGUCUGGUCGCUCCUAUGACGAGGGAAUUCGCCGAGGCACUCGUCGAUUCACUGGCCCUCCUGCACUGCAUUCAUCCGGUGCAGCCUGGCCUCCGCCGGCUCAAAAUGACUCUCGCAGCGCUCCCGUGUGUGAGCGCGACCUAUGCCCGAUCUGUAGUCUUCGUUUCCCUCCCCUCAGUGCCGAUGCGCCAGUUGAGUCUCGAGAAGCUCAUAUUGUGCACUGUAUCGAAAACCGUGUCGCGCCAGCCCAGCUGGAGUCCUCGACGACAGCUCCAUCUCCAGCAUCCGCGAUCGCACGCAUGGUCACAUUUAUGGCCACUGAGAAGGACUGUCUUAGUGGACCGAACGAAGCGGCAGAAUGCUCGAUUUGCAUGGAGGACUACGAGGUCGGCCAGGAUCUCGUCCGCCUUGAGUGCCUCUGCAAGUUCCAUAGAGAGUGCAUCGUGGACUGGUUCAAGCGGAAGCCGGAGUGCCCGUUGCACUGGGUGUCGUCGUAA